UCCCCGCGGGGGAGGGGCAGGAAGAUGGCGGACGUGGUCGUGGGCAGAGACAAGAGCGGGGAGCAGCGCCUCGUGUCUCUGCCCCUGUCCCGCAUCCGGGUCAUCAUGAAGAGCUCCCCCGAGGUGUCCAGCAUCAACCAGGAGGCGCUCGUGCUCACGGCUAAGGCUACGGAACUCUUUGUUCAGUAUCUAGCCACCUAUUCCUACAGACACGGCAGUGGAAAAGAAAAGAAAGCCCUUACUUACAAUGACUUAUCAAACACUGCAGAGGAAUCAGAAACGUUCCAGUUUCUUGCAGAUAUAUUACCAAAGAAGAUACUAGCUAGUAAGUAUCUGAAAAUGCUUAAGGAGAAGAGGGACGAAGAGGAGGACAACAGUGAUGAAAGUGACGAUGAAGCGGAAUCCUAAACCCAAAACGAAAUGCUUUCAAAGUCAGCCUGGUGAGGACCCUCCUGGAUUAGCUCAACACUGUGUGACUUAAGUCUCUUCACUUUUCAGAGACUUCGAAGACCUAGUACUCUUUCCUGGCUGAGAUGGAGCGCCUGAUGCACCUACACCAUAAACAGCCAAAAGGAAAGUUGUCAGGCCCACAGUGUAGUUGGAGGGCACCAAGCAAGAGCUACCUGUACAGCCAAAGACAAUUUUGCCUAUUAACUUUUUAUUUACAGGUGGAGUUUGAAGAGUUUCUAAAUACCAGUUAUGUAAAAACAACAACAUUCAGUUUUAGCUCAAUAUGUAGUUUGUUACAUUUUGUUACAUUGUAUGUAGUAUGUUACAUUUGCAUUUUUGUAUUUCAAGAAAAUUUGACUUUGUCGACUGCAUUUUUAACUGUAAAGACAUAAAAUUUUUAAAUUAAGCUGUAUGUAUUUUUACAGUAAAAUGCUCUAUACAUCUAAUUUUAGAACCCUCUAUUGUUCUAAUGCCUCACAUUACCUGAGACUUUUGUGAAAUUUAAAAAUAAGCAUUUCUAGCAUUUUUAUUUCCAGAGAAAAAUUUCAAAUCAAAUCAUAAAUCCAAAAAGAAAUAGUACCGCUGCAUAGCAUAUUUUUCUUAAAAAACAUUUGAGAACAUUGUGUAUAUUGAAGAUCUGUCUCAUUUACUGUUCUGUUCUUUACACCUAUAGUAAUUAUUUUUACUAUCCACAAGAGAAGACCAUAAGUUCUGUAUUUUUUCACAUUGGGUAAAUUUUUGGCUCUUGUCCUUUUAAUCUUUUUUAAAAAUUGAGUUAUUUACAUCCAGUAAAAUCAUCCUUAAUGUUCAGUCUUUUGGUUGUGUAAGCAAGCAGUCAGUUCCAUCACCCCAAAUACUCCCCUGUACCCCCUUAGAGUUAGUCCCUUCUCCUACUCCCAGGCAACCACUGAUGUUUUCUGUCUCUCGUUUUUAAAGUU